CACCACCCGCGCGCCCAGAAGGUCCCCGGAACCCAAAGACCCGGGUGUCGGUUUCUCGCUCUGUGGCGGUCCCUUCUCCUUGAGGGACAGAUCCGGGGGAGCCCGAGGAAGUCGCCGGCGCCGCUGCCGAGGAGACGCCGGCUCUGGGCAGGGGCUCAGGGACCCGGCCCGUGGGGCUGAGGAGACUUGGGAGACUCCCUGUAGGAGCGAGCGGAGCCGGGGACGAGGGAGGGAGCAGGGACUGGCCGGACUGGGGGUCGUCUCCCCUCUCUGGGACUUUGGAGGAGGAGCCCCCUUUUGAGGGACAUGUUUUUUUUUUAAUUGAGAGUGAAUGGGGGGAUCCCCUCUUAUCUUGGGUAGGAACCCUUGUUCUCGGGUGAGAGUUCAGUUCUCUUUGAUGUUGGGGCAAAGGGAUUCCUUUUCCUUUGGUUUCGAGGUCAGGAAUCCCCUUGGAUCUCAGCGUGACAGCUUCCCUCCCGAUCUUGUGUGAGGGGCCCCCUUUCCUUCGGGGAGAAGAUCCUUCAUCUCCGGGUGAUGGUUCCCCUUGUUAUAGGGGUGACUUCUGAUCUUGGGGUGAGGCUUUACCUCCCUUUUAUUUGGGGAUGAAUUGUUGAUCUCCACGUGAGAAAUCUCCCUUUUUGAUUAUCGGGAUGAAGGGUACCUCUUUAAGGAUGAAGGUCCUCCUUAUCAAGGGGUGAAAGUCCCCCUUUAUCUGUAGUGAGGGUCUUCUUUAUCUUGAGGGAAGGCCCCCUCUCUCUAGGUGAGCCCCAUCUCUGGAUGAGGGUCCCCCUUUAUCUCUAGUUGAGGCCCUUAUAUCUAGGUGAGAGUUCCCCUAUCUUUAGGUGAGCCCCCCUUUCUCUCUAGGGGAGGCCCCUAUAUCUAGGUGUGUCUUAUCUCUAGGUGAGGCCCCUAUAUCUAGGUGAGCCCCCCUUUAUCUCUAGUGAGGAUCCCCGUUUAUCUUUAGGUGAGGCUCUCUAUCCAUAAUCAGGAUCCCCCUUUAGGUGAGGCCCCCUGAAACAGUGACUGGAGCCCGGCUCCAUUUUCGGGGCACCCCAUGGCCGGGGCCGGUCUGGAGGAGUUCCGCCGGCGCUGGCGGGAGGAGCUGGCUCAGCGAGAGGGGCCGGCCAAGCGACGGCUGCCCGCGGGACCCGAGUGGGAUGAACGGCGGCGGCGGCGGCAGCGGGGCAACGGAGAGGGGCCGGCUGGGGCGGCCCGGGAGCCCGAGCCGGUGUCGCAGUGGGGCAUCUGCGGGGCCGUGCGUGCCGCCCCCGAGGGCGCCCCUGCCCAGCCGGCCCCGGCCGCUACCGGCUAUUUCGAGCUGGCCAAGAGCCUCUUGGAGGGUGGGGAGUGCCCGCUGGCCUCGCCCGCUCCCUGGACCGCCGGGGAGUCCUCCUGCUCCGGCAGGGGACGGGACUCCGAGGUCUCCCAGGUCCCCGAAGCCCCCCAACCUGAGAACACCGGCGGUGACCGGCUACUGGAGCAGCUCAUCAGAGACCUGAAUGAAAUCAAUGAGAUCCCCUUCUUUGACAUCCAGCUACCUUAUGAAUUGGCAUUAAAGAUAUUUCAGUAUCUGGGCAGGACUGAACUGGGAAGGUGUGCUCAGGUGAGCAGGAUGUGGAAGGUUCUUGCAGAAGAUGAAGUGUUGUGGUACAGAUUGUGCCAACAGGAAGGGUACCUUCCAGAUACCAGCAUCUCUGAUUGCUCCUGCUGGAAACUUGUCUUCCAAGAAUCCCGGGCCAAGGAACACACGUUAAGAACCAACUGGAAGAAUCGCAAUGGUGCAGUGAGCCAGCUGCAGUAUGAAUUUGGUAACGUUCUAUGUGAUGUCCAUUCUUGUGACGGUGUUGUGAUUGCUGGAUAUACAUCAGGGGAUGUGCGGUUGUGGGACACCCGCACCUGGGACUUCACAGCCCCCAUCCUGGAACCGAUGCAUGGCGCUGCUGAGCCUGGAUCUCAGCCACAUGUCUCCUUUGUGAGGAUAAACAACUCUCUGGCUGUAGCAGCUUAUGAGGAUGGGACUGUUAAUGUUUGGAGUUUGAUGAUUGGUCGUGAUCCUGUCCAUUGCUACCAGCACAACCUAAAGAUACAAGCAUUGGCCCUCAGCCUAGAGGGUGCCACAAUUGCUACAGCAUCUGGCUCUGAGGUCAGAGUGGAAUGCCCCAAUGACAAGGGAUAUUGGGAAACAGCAGCUCAUUUUGAAAUACAGAAAUUGGUCAACUUUCUUCAUCUGAUUCCAGAUACUGGAAGACAUCCUGUUGCAGUUGCAGCUACUGAAGAUGUCGUAUACCUUCUGAAAGCAGAGAACCCAAGCCGAGUUCUUCACUCUGUGUAUGGCCAGCCUGUCACAUGUCUGGAUGUCUCUUCCAAGGAGGCAGCUUUUGGUGUAAAAAGUUUGGGAUGGAUGAAUGAAGGAAACAAGAUACUGCUGUACAGCCUGCAGACUAGUCAGUGCCUGACUACCCUGGGCAGCUCCUUGGGUGACUUCACAUGUGUCAACCUCCGGAACAGUCCCCCCCACCUGCUGGUCACGGGCAAUAAGGACAGGAGGGUGAGGGUGUAUGAUCUCCGCAGCAGCACGUCCUCGUGCUCGCUCUACGCUCACCAGUUAGGCGUCUCUGCUGUUCAGAUGGAUGACUGGAAAAUUGUCAGUGGAGGCGAGGAAGGCCUGGUUUGUGUCUGGGACCAGCGAAUGGGCAACAAGCUGUGGGAGAUGCACGCCAGACAUCCUGUGCGUCACAUCUGGUUUAAUACACACAGCCUUAUCACGGCCAACAUCCCCGAUGAGAAGAGCCCCCGGGGGGCCAGCAUUCUGGAUGAUGACUUGACUGCUCACCGAAGACACCGAGGAAUCAUCUAUGCUUAUGAGUUUUCCAUGGACCAGUUGGCUCUCGAGAGCAUCCUUCCGAUUUGCCGCUCGUCCUAUGAUGAAGUGGCUGGCUACAACUAUAACAUUGGCCUGGCUGUCCCGUACGAUAACAUAUAGGGCACCUCUCUCCAUUGGAACGGAGAGGGCAGGAAGAACAUAGAGCCAUUGCUCCUUGUUUAGAACCUGCAGAACCCCUCAGGCCCUGCCAAAUCAACCUCACCGGCACCUGAGCAAUAAGCGCUCAGAGGACAAGGGAGGUGGCAUGGGGGUGAGGGGGCGGUUCUCUUGGGCCAGCUCGGGCCCCGGCAAUGGCCUUAGAACACCAGAAUAAAAGGCUGCCAAGGUGCCGGAAGAACUCAAGCUGAAGGUAUACAUGGGUUCACAGACAAAGAAAACCGGGCCCUCGAAAAGAGCAGUUGAUACACUGAGUUUUGGAUCUGUUCCAGAGCAUCCAUUACUUUAGCUCUCUGUGUUACGUCUUCCAGCCUGAGCCAGCAGCUCUGGAAGGAUCAGCUCCCCAAAGCUGUUGUUCUCAGAAUAAAGAAUGUUCCACUGUAAGGACCUUUUAAAAACACUAAAUCUGCUACUAAACUAUUUUGUGUAUAAGAUUAAUUUUUCUUUGUAAAUAAGCAGCCACGCAGUGGGAUAACUUUGCUGUUUUGUUCAAGGAACAGCCUGGGUUUCCUGUCUUGUAAUUUAGCCUUAUAUAAAUUCAGGAUACUUUUUAUCCUGAAAACAAUCAAUUCUACCCCCUGAAGACCUUUUGGCUUUUCAGAUGGAGAGAGGCAGACAGAGAGAAUGGGAGGAGAGGCAGACAGGGAGGGAGAAAGUACGGGGAGGGAGAAAUAGAGAGAGGCAGGCAGGAGAGCCAGCUGAGGCCUGGGGCCCACUUCCCACUUCCCCGGCAGGCAGCUGCUCUUGCUCUCGUUCAGUGCUUUUUUUUUUUUUUGAAGUUUACUCUGAGUUUACUUUCAACCCAAAGCUUCCAUUAGUGUAACACCAUGAAAUAUUGCAGUGUUGGAGAAAUAUUAACUCUGUUAGUCAUGGGUGGGUUCGAUCCCCAGCCAACCUUCCUCUUAGAACGUUUGCCUCGCCACCGUUUUUCUCCCAUGCAUUGUCUUAAUGAGAACUGCAAAUGAGUGAUUGGGCCAAAGAGAGUGUCUGUUUUCAAAAAGCAGCCUCCCGUGGCCUUCUGCAUUUCAUCAUUCACCUGGCUGUGCAGAUGAGGAAGGCAGUCACUGACUUAAAUGAAAUUAGGGAGAAUUAGUAUUAAAAUCAGGGGUUAGAUAAACAUUUUAUUAAAAAUUUCAAAUGAACCCCAUUAAAAAUGAGCCCCUCCAUCAGCAACAGUACUAUUAAUGACUGACUACUGUUGAAAUAAUACAAUUUCCCACCAGUUUUCACCUCUCUCUGACACAACGUCUUCCAUUUAUUAAAAAUCUAUUGCAAUUAGACGCCACUGACUUUGAGAUGGCGUCCUAGAUGAACAGCCGCGUCAGGCCAAAAUCAUGUGCUUUGAACAGCCGACCUCUGCCAGGGUUGUCAAGUCUUCCACUUUCCCGGCAGGGAAGGAGUCACUGCUCUUUGCUGACAAUCACUGGCUCCCCUCCUCCGUAAUCCAGCAUCCGCCCGGCUGCUUCGGGAAGCUGGGCUUCCCUUCCCUUUCCUCUCCUCCCUCUUCAGUCAUUCUUCUCCUAGUACCUUUUAUUCACCUUUGGGCAACUUCUCACGGUUAAGUGUCAGCAGGCAGUGCCCCGGUUCCUCAUGUUUAGCCCUACUCUAUAAAUCUUAAUUCUGAUGAGCUCAGCUCUUUCCAAUUCUGGCUACUAAAAACCUCAAGCAGUUUUGCUCAUUAAAACUUAAUUUUUCAUGGCUGUCCUUCAGCUCAUAAUGGAAGGAUUACGCCACAUGCAGAAUUUAGUUAUGGAAGGCUAUAAACAUAGGCACCUUCUAAGGGAGGAUUUAAUAGGGCUAAUAUGAGACAGGUUAUAGUGGGGGGCAGGCGUCUGUCUCUUAAGCAAUGACAUUAAAGCCCUGACCCUGGGGUCACACCUACCAUUUACUACCUUUGUGUUGUUGGGCAAAUCACUUGGCUCCUCUGUGCCUUGGUUUCCUUUUCUGUAAAAUAGAGCAUUUAGAAUGAUUUCCAAGGUCCAUGGCAGCUCUUAUUGUGUGACCCUGGCAUCUCUAUGGUCCCUUGCACAAAUAAGUUCUAUGAACGACUUUCAGAAAAUCCCUGACCAAGAGAAGACUCUGGAUAUCAUUUGGAAUGGAAAUACUUUACCUUUCUGGAAGGGAAAACUUGAGAGAUUUCCAAGGCUGUCCGUUGGCCCAUGUUUGGAGGCCAUCUUUUGUGUUAAUAGAUUGAAAACUGCCUCAGUUGUGGGGUCCAGAAGCUUUUCAAUCAAGCCUGACUGGCCUUUGGCAUAGCCAUUGUAUUAUAUUAAAAUAUAUUAUAUUAUUAUAACAUGCCUUGUCAUAGCCAUAUGUCCAGAGCUUCUCUGCAGCCGGAGAGGGGCAGGUGAAAGGCCUCAGAUGGGAAGAGCCGGCCCCACCACAGGCUGCCUUGACUCAGCUUCUGCUGUCAGAAUCCUGGCGCGCUCUGCACCAGGGUCCUGUUUUAAAUUCAAGGUGGUUAAGACCCCCUUUUGUCACACAAUGGAAUUGCCUUCUCUUUUAUUUACUCUCUUUCCAAGAGCAGAAAAGUUUUAAUAGCCCCUGCUCUCAUUCGAUGCUAUACUAUUUUUGCUUUAGAAGCAAAGACCUACUCUGGCAGGCUCAGUCCCUAUAUCCAUGGUGCCCUUUCCCAUGCUAGAAAGGUCACUGACCCACCCAUGCUGUAGGAGAUGGCAGCUGGAACCCUCUGCCACAGCUCUCUCUGGCUCAUCUGCUUAAGAGAAGGCACCACCCAUUUUACAGAUGAAGAAACAGGCCCGGAAGCCAAUCGACUUGCUCAGGUCUCACAGCAUUAAAUGAUAGCCAGGAUUUAAAAAUGGGCCAUCUGACUCAAAGUACUAGCAGUACUUAAUUUCCACUGUAUCUAUGCAAUGAACCUGAGGCCAGAUGAACUAGCUGAGGUGACCCCAACAGUAAGUCUGAGAGCCGCUGCUCCAGCCCACACCAUCCGGACUCCCCGACACAGUGUUUCCUUCCAUCCGGCUGUCGGUCACCCUCAUGUUCAUCACUGUCGCUCCCUCGCUUAACAGGCUAAAGUUCUCAGGAGCUGGUCCCCAACUCGAGCGCCAUCCUCCAGAGCUCAUUUGACCUGACGCCACAUCCCGCCAGCAUCCCUGGUAGCUUCUUAAAAUGGCAUAUUUGGAAGCGAGGAGAGAAAGGUAGGGACUGAUGCUUAGGGAAGCUGCCGUGGAGAGAUGCUGAUUCUUUCCCACUCCACUGUUUUCUCCUUCCAAGGUCACUGAGUGGGAGGACAGCCUGGGAGGCAGGUGUUUUGCAAAACCCUUGCCAAAGCAACUUGUAUUUUUAACUCCCCCAAAGCCUAGUUAAGUCACAUUGUGCUGUUCCCAGCACUGCGGAUGGGGAGGUAAGGGGGGAGUGGAGAGGAUGCAUUCUCAUUCGCCCUUAUUAACUGUAGUGCAGGUAAGACUGAUUUAGCUGUGGAAAGAGAAGGGUCAAGUCAGAAGCAGACCUGCCUUUCUAUUGUGGAGGGAUAAAAGGCUCUCCUGAAUUCUGACCUGGCCCAGAAAAAUAGAAGUGUUUUGUUCAAGGCUAGCACUCAUUCUUUUCUUAAAGGGCAGCCAAUAGUCUGGACCCAAAAUCGCUGGUUUUGCUUCAUUAUAACAUCGAUUUAUUUAUAAUUUAUGCUCUAAAAUGACUGUAGAUUUAGCUCUGAGUUCUUCCUAUUAGGCUUCCCUCUUUGGUCUUCUCUUACACACCCUCCUCUUAUAAACACAGAAAAUUAAUUUAUUGCAGAUUGUUGGAUUCUUUUGUAGGUUGCCUCUUUUCAGUAAUGUGGCAAAGCAAUUGCUGCUGCUGCUGCUGCUGCUACUACUACUACUACUACUACUACUACUACUACUACUACUACUACUUU